CUGCUCUUCUGUGAAGACGUACUGUCCGAUACAGUGAGAAAUGGAUUUAGAGGAUAUUUAUCAAAAUGUUGAAUGCAGAGAUAUUGAGAGCACAACUGGAGCUCAAACUCAGAGUCACGGCCGGGAUGAAGAAAAAGAUCUCAAGCACAGAGGAAGUAGACGUUUUGUGGUGAUCUCAGUGGGUCUCGGGGUCAUUUGUGUUCUUCUGCUGGUCUUCAUCAUACUGCUCAACAUCACCAUCAUAGCAGAGAGAGACAUGAUAAAGAGUUACAAGAACACCGUUGAAGAGCUCAAUCGAACCAUCAACAGCUUACAGUACAAUAACACUGAUCUAAUGACUCAAAAACACCAACUGCAGAACAACUUCAACUCUUUGAAUAAGAAAGGUCCAGUUUAUUUCUUCAUGUCCACUGAGUUGAGCUGGUCUGACAGCAGACAGUACUGCAAGGAUCGUGGAGCUGAUCUGGUCAUUAUCAACACUGAAGAGAAGCAGAGGUUCAUAUCUUCAUUAGUCAGUGAGAGAGUGUGGAUUGGUUUGUCUGACUCAGAGAACGAGGGCGUCAUGAAAUGGGUGGAUAAUUCAACACUGAAACAAGGGUUUUGGUUCAAAGAUCAGCCAAACAACUACAAUGGAAAUCAGGACUGUAUUGAACUGAAUUAUGAAAGAGAGAAGCCGGGAUGGUCACCACUGAACAGCUGGAAUGAUUUUUCAUGCCCUGUGAAGAAAAAGGGGAUUUGCGAGAAAUAGGGUUCAUCUCGUCUUUUGGUUUUGCUUUUAAUAUCUAAUAUAAUCAUUCUAAUUGUAAUCACAUAUGUUCUGAUUGAGGUCCCUGCCUUUGAAAUUUGUUAGAAGGAAAAUGUGAAAAUCAAAUUUUCUUAUUGUUAUAAUAAUCUUUGUUUCUCAUGAUGUGAAUUUGGGUGAUCUAGGACACAAAACCUCUGAUGUAUUCAUGUUUUGCUGCAUCACAAGCAGCUCUAUAUUAAUAUGAUCUUAGUUCAACUGUUAUCAUGAUCUCAUGUGUUGAUCUUAAGUGUUGAGGAGACAAUCACAGUAAACUACAGAAGUCUAAAGUGUCCAGAUUACUCUUAAUCACCUUCUUACUCUUAUAUUGAGUGUAUGUGUCUUUGAGUUGAACUGAUUUCUGUUUGAAUAAAAUGUUA